AUGAGACGAUGGGUACCAGAUGGUGGAGGCGCCAGCAAAAUUAGUGUCGUAAGCAUCAAAGUGCUUUGGACGAGCACGCUGGCGGUCGCCACGACGGGGAACAGGUGCCGCGAUGGCGUCCGGAGGGGAGGACUCAAGAGCAAGAAUGGGACAAGACGUAGGAGUAGUUGGCCGGUCCGCGGGCGGAGACUGGGGAGCAACAUUCCCAGGCGAUGA